UUUAAUUAUAUCUAUAGUUUCCUUACUAUAAAACAAAUCAAAUUACGUCUUUUUUUAGGUUAACCACAAAAACCCAUAUAAAAUCUUUGUCUGUCUAUAUUCCUUCAUGGCCGCAGAGAAUUUAUCGGACAUAACUCUUCUUUGACCAUACCUUACCUUCGUUUUCAGCAUUUCUCUCUCUAAUCUAUCGGAAGAUAAAAGGCAAAUUAAGAGAGAGAAAAUAUUUUUUCUCAUAAUCUGUGUUAACGUACGAGAUGGGAAACUGUGCCAUCAAGCCAAAGGUUCUCAAAGAUUCUGACGAGGAUCUUGUUCCGGUGGAGCGAGAGACGACGGUUCCGACUGAUCUUGACAAAGAUCCGGCGCAGAAGAACGAGAACAUCAUUUCUCCUAACGCUGCGGAGGAAGCUGCGGCUGCGGCACGACGGAGCGAGAAGGGAAAAGAGAUUUUGAUUGAAGAUGACAUUGAAGAUCAACCCAAGCGCCCAUCUCUUAGUCACUUGUUUCAUGAGGACAAGACAGUAGUGGAAAAAGAAGUAACCGAUCUAACUCCGACAAAACCAGACACCAAUAACAAAACCGGUCCUUCUUCAGAGGUUUCAAUGUUUGAUACUACUGCUUUAGUGGCUUCUAAUGCCAAAGAUCCAGAAGAUAUCUUUGACGUUCAGACUCGAAAUGACCUCGAAGUUAAGAUUCCAAAAGAUUCUGAUGUUAAGACUCCUGAAACUCCUAAAGCUAAUGAAGCUGAAGAUAACUUUUCAGAGAGUUGGGAAGUUAAGUUUCCAGAGGAAUUGGAAGCUAAGAAGACAUCUGAAGUUGUUAAGGUUGCAGAAGAGUCGAAAGUUCCAGAAGUUUCUGCUCCUGAAUUGUCUGAAAUUAAGGUUACAAAAGAAUCAGAUGUUCCUGAAGUCUUGGAGGACAAGAAUAUCCCAGAAGUUGUUGAAGUGAAGACUGAUGAAGUUAAAGUCGCAGAGUCAGAACUUCUAAAGGUUUCAGAAGUUGAAGCAACAGAGGAUUUAGAGAUUAAAGUUCCAAAAGUCUUUGAAGCCAAGACUCCUGAAACAUCGAACGUUAAGGUUACAGGUGAAGCAGAGGUAAAGACUGAUCAACGAGUGGAAGUUGAGGUCGCAGAUGACAAAAAGGUUCCAGAGUUUGUGGAUGCUAAAGAAAAGAUCGACAAAUCUGAUCAAGACAAAGAGAUUGUGUUGCCUAAAACAGAGGAAGAAGGGAAAGAUGUGUCUUUGGAGAAGCAAGUCAAAGAGUCUACAUUGUCUGAUUUAGGAAACAAAUGAGUUACAAGAGAGACUACAGAGAAAUUACCAAUCAGGAGUAGCUAAAAUUAUAUUUUUUUCGACCAUGUCAUGGUUUUUAUAAAACAAAACAAAAAACGAUUUAGCAUUCUUUAGGCAAUUUCAGUUUGUGUAUGUUUCUUUAUUGUUGUUGAUUUUUUUUAUUUUUUCUUAACUAUGGGGAUAAGUAGUCUAUAUGCAAGUCCCCGACUUGUACCACUUUGCAGAAUAUCUAAAAUAUCAUUUUCUGAGAAAAAAUAAAGAAAUUUCGUUU